AUACGCUUCUUCUUCAGCCAGGAACUACAAAGUACAAAAAAUCGAACCUUUUGUCUCUUAAAAAAAGUCAAAUUCCAAAAGAAUUUCAGACUUUUACGGUGUAAGAUCUCUUCGAUCCACCUAAAUAAGACGAAAAGAGUCAAUUGUUGUCUUCUACAUCUAGAACUCGUCGAAAUCGAAUAAGCUAAAAGAUGAGGUCUCGCGAAAUCAAACGGUGCCUGGCACUGUCUGUUCUUUUGAUCUACCAGGGAACGACUGGCGCUUUUGCUCUGGCUAGCGGACGUGCCAGUGCCAGCGGAAGUGCCAGUGCCAGCGGGGGUGCCAGUGCCAGCGGAAGUGCCAGUGCCAGCGGAAGUGCCAGUGCCAGCGGAAGUGCCAGUGCCGCUAUCACGACUUCAAGUAGUUCGACGAGCGGUCGCGGCAGUAUUGUCCACGAGGAAGCAACCUCUACUAGCACUAGCUCUACUACUAUUUCGAGAACUGCAAGCACUAGGCGUGGUAAUGCAAAUUUUUUGACUUCUGUACGUGAACGCGGAUAUCAUGAAGAACCUCCAUUGUGCAGAUCUGGAGAGGGAGACUAUGCGCAAGAACAGCAAGAACCCAAGAAGCACAUACUUCUGUCAGCAGUCCCAGAUGAAGUUAUUUUUCAUCGAAUUGCUGUUGGGGAAGACGAGCGGUCGAGGAUGGGGGCUGCCGCGCCAGUCCCAGCAGGACAGGAGAGUGUAGUAACGAGCGGAGAGAUUGCAGAGGCGCUUUUCAAUUCGUUGGGACAUCUAUUAAGGGUAGUUUUUCAGUAUCCCAUGUGGACUACGCUGAGUGGGCUCAUCCUGAAUUUGGAGGGGAAGCUAAGGGGCAAAGAGGGCAACCGACUCGACUCGGGACAGUGAAAAACUACCUUUAAACCUAGCGUGUGUGCCUGACGUCAACCUGUUUCCGAACAGAGGAGCUCGAGCCCCCGAGCCAUCUACGACAAUGCUACACGAUGUCCUGAGGCAUUAUCACACCGAGCAGGCGGAGAAACACCAAAACAAGGUUUUAUGAUGAGGAUGAAAUUGAAAGUACGGCUUAGUUAUUUUUAUAGUUUUUUAGUCAUGUUGUUCAUCGUCGUUUUUCGUUUAAAGACUUGUAAGUACAGCUUAGGCUACAAUUUUUGAUAGUCUAUCAUUCGGUCUUCUUGCUAUUCUUAAUAGAGUAGUCAAUCUCGUCAUUAAUCCUCACAUUUUAAGAAGGUACAAGUCGAGUGAAAAAACCUCAAUACUAUUUGAUAAAUUGGGCCAUGAGGUAACAUGACAUGGCAUUACUUGUGAUUUUCUUUCAAAUUGCAGCUCUAGUUCUUACAUAUACAUAGGAGGUUACCUCCUACUAGCUAUGUUGGCUUCACCACUAUGACUAUACAGGAGGUUACCUCCUAGCUACUUAUGUUGCCUUCACCACUAUACAUAGGAGGUUGAGGUUCCUGGAAGAUCCGUUGCAACGAUUAUCUUACCUGAACAAGAUGAAGAUGGUCAUACAUCCUCAUGAUCUUACCUUUCAUUUAGACGGCGUGGUGGCAUUGUGAGCUUUCUUGGUUCUCGUGAUGCGGGCCGGGUGAUGACCUUGCUUCAGAGGCGUGAAGUUGCAAAGUCUUCAGCUGGCUAUCUUUAUGGCCCCACAAAACACACUUCUCCAUGUGAGAGAGUCCCGAGCCCUAUACAGACUACUUACUUUGGUCCAUCGCGUCUUGUAUAAUAGGUGUAAUGGUCUUCAGACAACUGUCUUUACGUCGGAUCCCGUUAAUGUUAAAUUACUGCGCUGGUAGUUGUCCCUGGGGGAUUCUCAGGCUGUACUGAGGCAAGUAGCGGGAUCUAUUCACGGGAUGGGUUGCGGGUAGCUCUAAUAUCCACAUCUAGUGAAUGAAGCCGUUGUCUCCACGCUUCGGGCAUUGAUCAAAGAGUGCGAAGAUGGCCGUCCCCUUUACACAUCCCAACGUCCUGUGUGGCCCGCUCCUAUUCAGCCGGAGGGACGUUUUUUAAGGUUUCAACAGAAGCAGAACUCAAAUAAAGGUCACUGUGUUCAUGAUAGAGUAGUUUUCUUCCUUCACUUAUGCUGUGUAAGAUUCACUUCAGACCUGACCAGGGAGGGUUAGACAUGAAGCACAUGAUCAUGACCAUUAUGCAUUCACUGCGAAAAAUAUUGUCGUGGUUCUUCAGCUUUUAGAACUGCUGUCUAGGUAAAAUGGCCUCAGGAGGCACUACUUGACUGGGUGGCCUCAUGAGUAGACACAAGUUGCUACUACAGAGGAGGCGCCAUCACAUGACAAGGACCGCUAUUAUAUUUAAGUACUACAACCUAAAGUUUAAGGUUACAUAUACUAAUAUAUAAAGAUAAGUAAAUUAGUAUUAGUCCUCUGCCUGAGAUCGUAUACUAAUUAAAUGAGUCUAAUUCUACACUCUUCUGCCUUAGAUCGUCAUGAUUUUGUGUUUCAGUUGGCUCAUUGUGCUGCGAAGGGCUCGGAGUCACGAUGUCAUCCUUUGAUCGUUGAGACGCUUGCCGGAACCUUGACCAAGGCCAGAAAUUUUGUUGAACUAGCGUUAUGAGGAAAGUUGUAGGUUGUUUAUUCUAAAGAACCUUUUUGUUGAAGUAGAGUUAAUUAUGAGGAAAGUAGUAGCUGUAGCUUGUUUCUUCUAAAGAACUUUUUUUUAUGAGGAAAGUUCAAAUUGUACUAGGUUGUUCAUCCUCAAUAACCGAAUCAAAAGCCUCCUCGUGAGUAGAAGAAUAUUAAGUACAAUAAUCUUCAAAGUAGAAACACAAGCCAAGUUUGAAUUGUAUGAAUGAAAGAAGCAGAUGAUGAAGGACAAGGAUUCGAAAUCUUAAAAGAAGCUUUUCGAAUCCUUCAUCAUCUGCUUCUUUCAUUCAACGAUAGCACUUCUUUGGUGGAGUAGCACUCUUAGACGCGCAGUGUACACGGUUAGUACUUCACUUUUUCGAAGAUGUACAACUACUGCAUCUAGUUGUAGAAAUCCUGCUUCGCCGUGUACAACUUUUGUACAAGAGCGGCAUCUCCUAGAACUGCUAAUGUUGGAUCAGGUGACAUUGUUGCGGUAUGUCUGCACUGGUGAGAACAUUCCCGAGCGAUUGCCACAUGAAGAAUCGAGGCAGCGCAGCGACAUUAUACCGUACCUGACGACAACACGCACACGACGACCAGAAGGAGAUGAACCCGACCAGAAUCAUGCACAAUUAAGGCUCGUCUUGGAUUUUGUUUGAGGCAGAAGGGUAAGUAACUAAGAGAACAGACCUCUACUAGGAUGUUGUUUGAUACCUGGACUUUUAUUCGAUACCUUGCAUCCACAAGCUGGAGUGCGCUACAAGGAGGAAAACUAUUCUUAAUCAAAUAUGACCUCACGGAAGAUUAAGUGUAGUCCUCUCAGUUGUUUGCUUCUUGGACUCUCGUCUUUGUCAGAUCUUCAUUGACAAGAUGAAUUAGGUAUUCGAAAACUCAAAAUAACCGAGUUACUGACUGAAAUAAGGGAGGUAGCUUCACGCCAAGGCUAGUACGCUUCCUUCUCAUCAGUAUCUCGGUUAUUCUGAUCCGUUACUUGCUUAUUUCAGUUUUUCGAAUAAGCCACUUUGAGGAGCAGCGCUAAUAUUACUAGAACAACAGGGUGGACCGAAUACUGGCCUCACGAAGAUCGCAUCCUCAUCUUGUCAUUGCAGUGCGAGAAGUAAGAAAAAAGCCCUGGAGGCCUUGUUCAAUACGUUGCGUCUGACAGAGCCAGAGCCGAAAAAAUGGAAUGAGGAGGAGCGGGGUGAGGAGUUAUAUGUAAGAAUAAUAAACGCGCAGAAAGCUGUGCUAUACGCAAUUCUUCAUAUUGCCAAGGGUCCGCCAGGUACGAGGGACGACCAUUAUGUCCGAGGUACGAGGGAAGAUGAAGAUCCGAGUCCGACGGAAGAUCAUGCUGCAGAUUACGGCCUCCUCCAAUCCAUCUUCGGAAUCAUCAUGGAGAAGCUUUCCAAGUGGAAAAGCGCUCCAGGAUGCGUCUCAAGAUGGAUUUGGGCGAGCUCUAGUCUAAGCAGCAUCCCAAAAAACCCAAAAAGGCCAAGGCCAAGCAUCUCCUGCGGAAACAGAUCUGCUCGCUGACGGGCGUUCCAUGCGACAGUUUGCUGUGACCGAGUUGCUCAAGUGGGUCGCUGAGGUUAACGCGAUGGUUGAAGAUGAAGAAAACCUUGAGAUUCGCCAUAUACCGGUCAGCGUCCAUGAAGUAAUGCGUAAGAUCUUGCCGGAACUGGUCGAGCAUGAGUCCGGAGAUGAGAAUGUGAUGGACGCAGUGUGGCAGUUUAAGGCCAGACUUUCACUAACGUCCCAUGUGGAAUACGUAUGCUGAGUGGAGUGGUCCCCUCCUUUGAUAUUGAUGUCUUGAUCGUGAAGGGGAAAGAAACCAUCUAAGGGGGACAAAUAUCUAAGGGGGAAAAAGGGGAAUUCAAUCCAUCCGGCAUAGUGAAAAACUAGCGUUAAGAAGUACGCGAGACAUCGUCAGGGUUAUGAACCCGUUCCGCCGUCGUUUUCUCACCCUGAAGACUCUUCGUCUCUCCAUGCUUACCUGAAGGUAAUCCCCGGUCCUGUUUUCCCGAACAAGAUUAGGAAACUAGCAGAGAUUUUGCAGCCAAGCAGCCGUGCCACUAGAAGAGGAGAAGAAGGUGCUGACGGAGGUGAAGUCAACCUUAAUAAAGAAAAAACGGAGCCACUACAGAACCAAGAAUCAUUUGAGCAAGAUAAUAACAAGUUGUUCUUCGUGCAAAAUAUAUUUCGUGGCUUUGUAUUGACUAUUCUAGAGCAGUACUUCGCAACCUAUUUCUAUCCUCGAUAUCUAUCGACGACCACUUGUGCUUCAUCUUCGUCUUCCGCUGGUCAGCAGCAGUCCACGUUGGAAGAGAUGCAGCACGUAGCUCUUGCUACCACCGACGAGGUAGCCCCGGAAAGACAAGAAACUACAGAUGACCGAGAUCAGGAUGACAAGGAUCCUUGCUUGACUACUAAUUUCAACCUUUGGUAUGGUCAGCUUUUAUCCAUCUGUCUCGGCAUCUUGGUACCCUUUAUUUCCCUUGUAUUUCAUGGGAAAGGGACCGGGAUGAGGUGGCCAAGACGAAUAAAAGCCGUCUCUAACUUUGGUUAGCGACGAAUGGGAAGAAGUGGCUCUGGUCGGACUCAACAUAUGAGCCGGCCGAGAGUCGCAUAGUCAAAGCGUUGAUUCAGAUGGACACGGAGGGUAAUGCAGUAAAAAAACGUCUAUUAGGUGGAGCAUUACCCGAGCAAGAUUCUACUCGUAACGAGGGUAAUAAGAUGAAACGAAAGAGGAUACACGAACAAGACGAGACAAUGGAGAUUGAAGGAGACGAUGAAAAUAGCAGCGAGCAGGUAGAAGUUGGACUUGUCCCAGAGGCAAAAGCGAGUCAAAAUCAUCUUGAUAUUCAAGAAAGAAUCGUUAUCGAUUCGUUUUGGAAGCUUCUUUUUCUAGAUAAUUUACGUCCAGCAUGCUGGGGACUAUUUCGAACGGCUAUGAAAGGCCUCAAGCUUGCUGUCGGAUUUGGGGACCCAGACGUGGCUAUAGCAGUAGCAAAUGUUGUCAUGGGAGAGGAAAGAACAAGCGAUGGUAGAAAGAUUUCCUUAAGGCCGCUCACUGUAUAACUACUCAUCUACUUUUUAUCUAUAUGAAUCAGGGCUGCACGGUACCCCCCCUGUGGAUCAUAUUUAUAAAUAUAUUUAUAUGAUUGAAUAUAUAAGAAGAUAGAACAAGAAAAGAAGCAUGAGCGUCUUUGACCCCCUUUCAUGAAAUUUCACUUGUUAAAAACUUUUACUUCGUGCUGGAAACUACCGAGCGUGUGGGGUGGUUGAAUGCUGCCCAUUCGCUCAGCGCGUGGCGUAUUCUUCGUCAUUAUAGUUGAGAUUUGGCUAGUACGUAGAGGAGCCCUCAAUGCAUAAGCUCUGGAAUCUUCAGCACAUGCUUCACAGUCAUUAUGGGGACGGCUGUGCACCAGAAAAAAUUUCCUGUCUGAUCGAGGAGGGCGCCGCCGCGACCGCCCGCCGCAAUUCUCAGAAGCGCAAAGGUUACCGGUCUGGGGAUGUUUGAGCGAUUUCCUCUGCCUUUUUGAGAGACCCGAGUGCGCCGCGCAUUUCAGACAGAUGAUGCCUGGCCUUAGUGUAGUAGAGGGGCCCACUGAAAAGGGGGGAGCGUCUUAUCGCUCUCCCUUGCUGAGAGAGUGAUCCUUUUCACUUCUCUCCCGUCCGCUGUUAGCAUAAUGGUGGCUAACAGGCAUAAGCUAGCCCCUUUUGCAGGAGUAGGCGCUCCGGUUCCUGUUUUUCUUUUUGGUUUUUUUUUGGCGAUUGCAUUUGCGGAAGGCGGUCGAGGAAGAUGGAGCGAAGCCGGAAGGCCCUGGUUUAGAGUAGCGCCACCAGUGUGGGCGUAUAGCUGAACGAAGAAGCCCCAGCGAUUCUACGUGGGCUGACUCGCCCUAAAGUCAGUGGAUCUCUGUAGUGGCGCCGCCCUUUGCGCCGUGUCUCCGCCGCUUGCAGCGUCAGGCCCCAGGUAGCAUAUGGCCACGCAGAAGCUCUAGCUUUAGCCGUGUUCGAUCCGCAGGGGCUAAGUCGUUGUCGCUCGGGGUGCGUCGGGUGUGCGGUGCCAUCAUCGUUCUGCUUAUGCGCCGUCGACUAAAAUGGAUGCCCGUGGGGCUUAGGCUCUAGCUUUUCUACAGCGGUUGCCGUCGUGCUUAGUCGUUUGCGUAGUUGUAGUGCCUGGCUUCAGGCUUCCCACGGGGUAAGUCAGUGGAACUAUUGCGGGAAACUGUAGACCCAGGCAACAAAAGAAAAGGCCUGGGUGGAGCACGUGGGUGGAUGGGCUAUACGAAUAUGAUAGGUAAGAAGCAUGAUCGUCUUUGACCCCUUUUUUUAAAAUUUCACUUGUUAAAAUGUAAAGGCAAAGACGGUUUCUUGCAUCAAAAUAGAAGACACCAGCUAUUGCGGGUCAGGACGGAGAGGCCCGCCUCCUCUAAUUAUAUUUGAGGAACGAACGGCGGACGACUGCUUCAUCCCUCCGCUUGGUCUUGCACAAUUGCGUGAGGAACUACUGGCAAGUAUCAACUUUCUGGGACAAGAGGCACUACCAAGAUUGACUCAGAAUCUUCGAUCCUUUGGAGGUAUUUUUGUACAUAGGUGGCAGACAGUCUAAAGCUUGGUUUUCAAGAUCCUAGCUCUUUCUUUCUUAACAGGACUAGGUGUAAAUAACGAAAGCUCAUCUCAAUGAAAUAAAUUGUCGAAUAGCCACCAGUUUGUUUAGACGCGACCGCACUGCAUGGAAAAAACCACCGUUGCAACUUCUCCCGAAUAUGCCCCUGCACUUGAGUCCCCAUACUCAGAGCAAUACCUCGCGGGGUAAUUAAGUGGAACUAUUGCGGGAAAUUGUAGACCCAGGCACCAAAAUGAUAAACCUCGCGAACAGAUACAUGAGAGAAGGAAUGUGCAUAGAUGUCAAUCUAGAACUUAGCUUUCAGGAACUUUCCAACUUGUUUUCAUUAAAACAGGAACUGCUGUGGAGCUUUCAUCUGCUGCGUUUUCAUCGUGCGCUACUUUUCGUGCGCCUGCUUCUACCUUGGAUGAAGAUGAAUCCAAAGAGAAAUUAAGUGUAGAGUUUAGGAGUUUCCGUCCCUGUUACUGUUUGUUUUGCCUCUCCUAAAAGGGAGAACGGCAGAACAAACGGGAAACAGAAACACCAAAAUCUUACGUCUAAAGAAAGCUGCGAAGACUUUCGCGGCUCGUGAGCGUGUAGUUGAGGCUCUUUUUUUCGCGUUGCGUGGUGACAUCCCGGAUAUUCACUUUCAGUUGUUGCGCCUGGCAAGGCGUUAUAAAGAUGGAUCCCUGUGCAGAAUCUACGACACAGUUGCAGCGGCGCACAGCUUGUGGGCACCCGAUCUUCGUGAAAGGGCUUUAAAGGGUCUGGCCAUGAACGCUAUACACCACUUAUUGGCGGAAGAUGAGAUCGCGCGACUGCGUGAGGAAGUUGAGAAAAUUCUUCUGCGAGCUGCGGAAGUUCCUACUGCACAUGCCAUUUAUGGACAGACUGCUCAAUUAAAAGUGUUGUAUAACUCGAAGGUGUAAAAUACCAGGUUGGAUGCGGGAUCAUCAUCGUACUAUCUGUACCUUGAAGGUGCUGUAAGUGUAUAUGACAAUGAAAAUGAAAAUAGUAUUCUUUGAUGUUGUUGAAGAUGGUCUGCCUCUGGCUGCUCUACUAGAGGGUAGACAAAACUACACUUCUUAUAUCUAUGAAAUGCCGAAGUCUUUAGUGGAUGAAGCACAUCGAGUUCGGGAGCAGAUUCUUAGCCGAGUUGAGACGAGUGGAUGA